CUCAUGGACUUGCUGCAGGACUCCAGUCACACUAUGUGGAGACUGAACGUCCGCUUGAAGGGCUUCCUGGAGCAGGUGAACAGGCUGCAGGAGGCCAACCAGCGGCUGGAGGCUCAGAUAGCUGACUGGUCCGUCAGGAGCACCUCACGCUCCCGGGACUGGUCCCAGCAGGAAAACACUGUGAAGGAGCUCCGCAUCCAGGUUGGUAACCUACUGAUGGAGAAUGCCCAGCUGGCAUUACAGUCUGACAGCAUGAAGUCCAGAGCUGCUGUCAUCCAGGCCAGGUGUGAGACUGAGGAGAGGAACACCGGGCGUCUGGAGCAACAGGUGGCUCUGCUCAGGGAGUCAAAGUGGAAGGCAGAUCAGAGCAGCACGACGCUGCAGGCAGACCUUCGGCACUCCAUGUCAGAUCUGCAGGAGAUGCACCAGGAGUUUGAGCUGCAGCGGGCCAGCUCCUGCGAUGCUCUGUUAGCGACGGCCACAGCAGCAGCAGUAGCAGGAGGGAAGGAGGAGGAUGGCACAGGGAUGGAGCUCACCCAGCUCCUCGACCGAAUCAGAGCGCAGUGUGACCAUGGCAGACUUCCCGUCCUGGGCGAGAGACACCUUGGCCUGGGUAUCGUGUCAAAUCCACCCCCCGGCUUGGUCAGGCCCAGCCACUCUGGAGUGGCAGCAGCAGCAUCCAGAACACAUGGAGGAGUUCUCAGUGAGGAAGAGGCAGCGUGGACGCAGGUGAGCCUCGGUGGCGUUGCCCUGAGGGAGGCCCGGACCGAGCUAGCUGAGGCCAGGAGCCAGUGGCACUCACUGCAGGUGGAGAUUGAGACCCUACAUGCCUUGGAGAAAGGCCUGGAGAGCUCCCUGCAGAACACUCAGCGGGUGUACUCCAGCCAGCUGCAGGACCUUUCCCAGGUUAUCGCUGGGCUGGAGAGCGAGCUGGAGCAGGUGAGGAGCGGGCUGGCGACACAACACCAGCGCCACAGCCAGCUCCUCAACACCAAGAUGAGGCUGGAGCGAGAGAUCGGCACUUACCGACGUCUGCUGGAGCGUGAAGAGGGCAGAUACAUGGGCCGUAAUGGGCAGCCAAUGCGUCUACGGCCAUGGAGGUUUUCCAUGGAGGAGCCGAAGGAUACAGGGCUAGAGAACGGCUUCAGUGACCCUGCAGUUACUCCAGACGAACCCAAGUCUGAGCCCCUGCCUGAAAUACCGUCACUCCUCCCAGCAGACAGCGGGCUAAAGAAAGGCAUACUGCAAAGACAGCAAAGCCUUGUGAUACUCACAGAGCCAGAAAAAGAUGAAGACUUGCCAAUCUCCACUGUGAAGACUCAGGAGAUUCUUCAGGGCAAUGUGGUGCGGGAGAGUGCUGAGGGUCACGGCACCAUUGAGACCGAGAAGAUUGACCAGGUGAUAAAGCAGUGGGAGAGCUCUUUCUUCAGAGGGAAUCCCAAGCUGCGGAAGAAGUCGGUGUCACUGCGCUUUGAUCUGCACAUGGCUGCAGCAGACGAGGGGUGUGCCCAGACUAAACAGGACAGCCUCCCCGAUGUAGAGGUGCGUCUGAUCAUGAAGAGAUCUCGCAGCAUCCCAGCCAUCACACAGUGACUCUAACUGGUUCGCCAGACUCAACACUGCAUUGCAGUUGUUUGUGGAAACCAUGGUGAGUUACAGAAAUAGUAGCUGGGUCAUUGACAUCUAGGCAGUGGUGGACCGUCAGGGCCUGCAAGGCCUUCUCUGCUGGCCUAAACAGAAUCACAAAGUUAUAUCUAUUUUAUAAUUUUAUAAUU